CGUUUCCGCUACACUGCAGAGCGAGACCCACGUGUGCGCAGCAUGGCGGCCUCCUCCUCCUCCUGCUCGGCGGCGGCGGCGCGGGCGAGUGGCGGCGACAGCAGCAACAGCAGCAGCAAGCGGCGCGCGGAGGACGAGGAGCCGGACGCCGCGCAGGCCCCUGUUGCAGUGGAAGACGAUCGGCGGGAGGACGAGAGUGAAGAAGGCGAUGAAGAUGCGAGUGACAGCGAAGAGAGCGUCUACUCGGGCCUGGAGGACUCUGGCUCCAGUGACACGGAGGACAGCGAUAGAGAUGAUGACGGUGAUGAGAGUGAUGAUGGAGAUGGUGACGUGACAGCUGAGGGGAAGUCCUCAGCGCAUGAGGGAACUCACUCCGAUCCAGCUGAUGAGCAGCAAGGAGAUGGUUCUAGUAGUGCAGCAUUGCCUUCUGCGACUCCGGUCGAAGCAGCCAAUCAGAAGCCGGCGGUGGAUGAAUAUGAACACGACACAUCUGAUGAGGAGGACAUACGGAACACUGUGGGAAACAUCCCCCUGGAGUGGUACGAAGAUUACCCUCACAUUGGCUACGACCUGGACGGCAAGAAGAUCAUCAAACCCAUCCGCUCGAAGGACGAGCUGGACGAGUUCCUCGACAAGAUGGACAAUCCUGAUUACUGGCGAACAGUCCGUGACAAGAUGACCGGGACGGACGUGAUCUUGACGGACGAGCAAGUGCAGCUGAUCCAUCGUCUGCAGCGAGGCCAGCUGGCCGAUGUGAACUACGACCCUUAUGAGCCCGCCGUGGACUUCUUCACGCACGAGAAAAUGAUCCACCCGGUGACGAACCGGCCCGCAGACAAGCGCAGCUUCAUCCCUUCGCUCAUCGAGAAGGAGAAGGUGUCCAAGCUGGUGCACGCUAUCAAGAUGGGCUGGAUCAAACCCCGGCGGCCGCGGGAACGGGGCCCGGUCUUCUUUGACCUUUGGGCCACCGAGGACCCGAACGCCGUGCUGGGCCGCCACUCCAUGCACGUCCCGGCUCCAAAGAUGCGCCUGCCCGGCCACGCCGAGUCCUACAACCCCCCGCCGGAGUACCUGCUCACCGAGGAGGAGAAACUGGCCUGGGAGCAGCAGGAGCCCGAGGAGCGGAAGCUGCCCUUCCUGCCGGCAAGCUACCCGAACCUGCGCACGGUGCCCGCCUACCCUCGCUUCAUCCAGGAGCGCUUCGAGCGCUGUCUCGACCUCUACCUGUGCCCGCGGCAGCGGCGCCUGCGGGUGAACGUUGACCCAGAUGAGUUGAUCCCGAAGUUGCCCAAGCCCAAGGACCUUCAGCCCUUCCCGACUGUGCAGUCCCUUAUUUACAAAGGUCAUACGAACUUGGUGCGGUGCAUCAGUACCGACCCCACUGGUCAAUGGUUGGUAUCGGGCUCGGACGACUGCAGUGUCCGCUUCUGGGAGGUGUGCACAGGCCGUUGUGUCAAGGUGAUGGAGGUGGAAGGAGCCGUGAAGAGCAUCGCGUGGAACCCGAACCCUUCUCUCUGCCUCGUCGCCUUCACUGUCAACAAUGUGGUGAAGAUCGUGAACCCCAUGCUGGGUGACAAACUCGUGUACGGAGCCACAGACCUGCUACUGUCUGGGUUCGAGUCCCCCGAGGAGGCACGCAAGCAGCCCACCGUGUGGGUGGCGGCCACGGCAGAGGAGCACGAGCGCGGCGUGCGCCUCCUCAUCCAGCACCCCAAGUCGGUCCGUCAGCUGUCGUGGCACGGCCGUGGUGACUACCUGGUGUCCGUCGUUCCGGACAACGGCUCGCAGCAAGUGAUGUUGCACCAGGUGACGCGGCGCCGCUCGCAAAGCCCGUUUCGCCGCAGCAAGGGCCUGGUGCAGGCGGCGGUGUUCCACCCGCUGCGGCCCUUCCUGUUGGUGGCCACGCAGCGCUACGUGCGCGUUUACAACCUGGCGUCACAGACUCUCGCCAAGAAGCUCAUGACCAACUGCAAGUGGGUGUCGAGCGUGGCCGUGCACCCGGGAGGCGAUAACGUGAUCUGCGGCAGCUACGAUCGCCGACUGGCCUGGUUUGACCUGGAUCUCUCUACCAAGCCAUACAAAGUUCUGAGACACCACAAGAAGGCCGUGCGAGCCGUUUGCUUUCACAAGCGGUACCCAUUGUUUGCUUCGGCCUCGGACGACGGCGGAGUCAUCGUCUGCCACGGCAUGGUUUACAAUGACUUGCUGCAGAACCCGCUGAUUGUGCCAGUGAAGGUUCUCAAGGGGCACCAGGUAAUGCGAGACCUUGGCGUUCUGGAUGUCGUCUUUCAUCCCAGCCAGCCGUGGGUCUUCUCAGCCGGCUCGGAUGCCACGAUCCGUCUCUGGUCCUAGACAACAACUGCGUUGCUAACCUACACCUCCCACAUUGUUUUUCAAUGUCAAGUUAUUGAACUGAAAUGUUGCAUUGCUGAAAAGUGACCUGCAAAUUACUCAUGGGGCCAUCCAUUUAGUACGUACGCAAAAAUCUGUCAAAACUUCACCUCUCCCCCCGUCCCUGUACGCACGCGUACUUUUUACACCCCCCCCCCACCUGUGUACAUUCGCCUGACGCACCCCCCCCCCCCCGAAUCAUAUAGAAUGGCUGAUAUUUAAUCCGUGCAGAAACGAUCAAGGAUUAAUAAUAUUAACGUGUUUAAGCAAAUCGCUAGUCCACUGCCGGACUAUCUAACUCAUUUGAAGGCCGAUGUAGGCAAAUUAUUAUCGAGGCUUCACCCCCCCCACCCCCGUUUCCUAUGCGUACAUUGUCAGUAGACCCCCCCCCCAUACGCAAGUGUACGCAUUUGGGUUAACCCCCCUCCCCCCUCCAUGCGUGUAUGCUCUAAAUGGAUGGCCCCUAUUGGGAUGACACGCAGUCGGAGCACCAUCUACUGCGACAACUCAGCAGGACCCACCUGAAAAAAGUCUAGAGACGCGGUGAGGCUUUCCUGGAUAAUUAAGUGGAAUAAAAAAUGUUUAAUAAACUACUUCAUCCCCUUAAAGUAAUGCUACAGUGGGUUUCAAUGGAUAACAUUUAAAUAAAUAAUUGAUUACCCACUUUAAAAGGGUGUUAAAAUGUCAUGUGUGGUAAGAGUUUCUUAUACUUCCUAUCGACAGGCUGUAUCAUAAAUCGUGUACAUAGGUCAUCUCCUGGAGACAUGUGAUACGCUACGCUAGUGGCGUGACGUGAUGAGCUAAUGGUUGCGUUGAACGUCUCUCCACCUGAUGAACACCGACUAGAAUACUACAAUAAGAAACAUUUUAGUCCAAUUGUUGUUCAUGUAGCAAUAGUUAAAUGCCUUUUUACCUUAAAAAAUUUGGAAUAUGGGGGCUAAUGCCAGCACACAAAUGUUUCCUUGGACAAAUGACACCACGAACAGAAGUUCACCAGUGCAAGAUGGCUCAUUUGACAGUGCAUUCACCACUGUUCUUUACAUUCCCAGUCAAACAGCUAAAACAGCCUCAUCGUCUUCCUUUAGUUCUGAUGUGCUCCUACGACAUCUGUACAUACCCACUUCCCAGUAACCUCCCAGAGGUAGAUGGCAGUGGUGAACAUUAAUAUUUCUAUACUGAAGAGUCCUCGUGAAGGCGAAGCUGAUCUACAGUUGUGUCCGUUUCACUGCUGUUGCCUGUUGUUGGGAUGGGCCACAUUUUCUCUCUGGGUCGGUCAUUCUAAAUGACCAAAUGGCCACACAUUUUUCAGUUAUUCUGAGCUAGUGGUCUGGAUAAGGCUGAGAGCUUGUGUGUCGUGCGUUGUACGGAGGCACACACUGGAGUUGGAGGCAACACGUUGAUUUCAACACCCCCAACAGGGCUAACUACAUAAACUGGUCCAGUAUCUUAAGUGAUAAGGUUAACUAUGUGAGUCGCGGAUUAACUGCACGAACGGGUCAGUCAGCGUCUGACCCACGAUGCCGAGCGAAGACCCGGAGACGACGACGAGAGGCGGAACCCCGGGAUGAUUCCACUGACGAGCCACGAACGCUCUCCGAACUGCCCCUUGAUGCUCCUGAGCGUGGCCUCGCUCCGCCUUCGGGCACGCCCCCGGCGAGACCUUUCCCGAAGGAUCUCGACAGAGCGUCACGUGUCCCUCAAGCCCCCCUCGGGGCCCCCUCACUCCCCUGUCCUGGCCACGUGCCCACUCGGGUUCACCCAAACCCCCAUGUCCUGAAUUUCCCUCUAUCAGGCCGCCACCAGGACUAUGCCCCUUAGGGCCCGUUUGCCUACAGUGCUCACUCUGGCGCCAGGGAGAGGUUCCAGACGCACAGGAGCACUCUUGUGACAGUGCCUGGUGCUACCACCAUGGUGACACCCUUACUACGUCACUACACAUGCAAUACUGCACACCUGUGCGUGUUUACUUUCAUUUGUUUCCAGCCUGCAUUAAUCUGUCUUGUUGGAGUUUCUCAUCAUUUGCAGAUUCUGGAAACCAUUGAAUGUGGUAACUGCAAGGCACAUUUUUGCCAGACAUGAAUCUACACGAAGACACCAGUGUGGUUGUAAAAAAAAUGGGUUAACAUUUCAUUUGAUGUCAAUAAACAUGU